GUUGACGUUCAAAAUGGCGACUACGGCGACAGCAUAUAACGGAUGAUGUCGACGUGGAUAUUGUGGUCCGAUUAUUAACGUGUUAAAGUGUGGCCGUUUAUUUACAAUCUAUAAAAUAAUAAAAAAUAAAAAAUAAACAAAAACAAAUAAAUUAUUUGUUAAAAAUGGGUGAAGCUAAGCCACAACACGGCGCUCAAGAAAUGAAGGGUUGGCUUUUUAAGUGGACUAAUUAUCUCAAAGGUUACCAACGGAGGUGGUUCGUCCUGUCAAAUGGCCUCUUGUCAUACUAUAGGGCUGAACCAAAGGGGGGGCCAAAGAUUUCGACACGACGCAAGCGGAGGGCUGGCAGUGCCUCCGAGAAUCCUGCCGAAAUGGCUCACACAUGCAGAGGGGCUAUAUCACUUCAUGGGGCCUUAAUUCACACUGUGGAUGCAUGUACUUUCGUUGUAAGCAAUGGUGGUACUCAAACAUUUCACAUAAAAGCGGCGACUGAGGUGGAAAGACAACAAUGGGUCACUGCUUUAGAAUUAGCCAAAGCUAAAGCAAUACAAGCCAUGGAGUCAGAAGAAGAGGAGGAAGAAUACCAAGACAAUGACAAUCAGAAAGGAGAGAACACAUCAAUAAUUAAAGACCUGACUGAGCGGUUGAAGGAUUUACAAACUUGCUACGAACUUAUAUCUAAACGUGGCACCCUUUUGACGAGAUCUUUGGUAGAUCUAGAAUCACUUGAAUCAGCGAGUCCAGAUACUGCUUCGAAAAUAAAAACUGUCAGUGAACGUGCUACGUUAUUUCGUAUUGCUGCUAAUGCAAUGAUAAGUACGAGUAAUGAUUAUCUUCAAUUGGCCCAACAACAAGAACCAAAAUGGAAAAAAAUGCUCCAACAUGAACGAGAUCAAAAGGUACGAAUAGAAAAAAUGGUUGAACAACUAGCACGUCAACAUUCUCAUCUAGAAGAGGCUGCACAACAUGCUUUACCACCUGGAAUACCUGCAGGAAAUCAUCGAUCAACACAUUCAGUGGCAAAUACUUCACCAUCAGAGGACGACGAAGACAAUGUAGAAUUUUAUGACGCCGAAGAGUCUGACACAUUCACACUAGCUAUUCCUGGCAGUACAACCGGUAACUCGCUGUCACGUGAACGUGUUCGAAACGAUUCACAAGGGAGUGAUGAUGGAUCUAGUUCUGAAGGAGAUCCAGCACCAAUGUCUACCAACGAUCCAUCCCGAACCGAUUCGUUCCACAUCGUGACCGAUUCUUCAGUAUUGUCACAAACAUCCAGAAAUACUGCCGAUCUGGAUAAUUCGGAUUGGAAAAGUGAUAAUGAUGGCAAUAAUACCGGGAUGAAGACUGUAAGUAAACGAAUCCGAAGAACCCGGGUACCUGAAAAACCAAAUUAUCCAUUAAAUUUAUGGAGCAUUAUGAAAAACUGUAUUGGGAAAGAAUUGUCGAAAAUACCGAUGCCAGUUAAUUUUUCUGAGCCUCUUAGUAUGCUACAGCGUUUAACUGAAGAUUAUGAAUAUGCCGAAAUCCUUGACAGAGCAGCUGAAUGUACAGAUGCUUGUGAACAAAUGGCAUACGUUGCUGCUUUUACCGUUUCCAGUUACUCAACAACGGCAUCUAGAACUGGUAAACCCUUCAACCCUCUUUUAGGUGAAACGUAUGAAUGUGAUCGAACGGAAGAUCUUGGAUGGCGGGCAAUAUCGGAACAAGUAUCUCAUCAUCCUCCAAUGGUUGCUCAAUUUUGUGAAGGUCGAGCGUGGCAAUGCUGGCAGGAAUUUACUAUGGCUUCCAAAUUCCGUGGUAAAUAUCUUCAAGUAAUACCUUUGGGUACUGCACAUUUAGAGUUCAACAAAAAAAUAGGAGACAAGUGUCCUCAUUACACGUGGCGAAAAGUUACAACCACUGUGCACAAUAUUAUUGUAGGUAAACUAUGGGUAGAUCAAAGUGGUGACAUGGAUAUUAUUAAUCAUACUGACGGUACUAAAUGUCACCUUAAGUACAUUCCGUACUCAUAUUUUUCACGUGAUAGUCAACGAAAGGUUAAAGGUGUUGUUAUGAAUGCUGACAAAGAAGUUAAAUGGGUUGUUCAGGGUACUUGGGAUUCAAAAAUUGAAAUUGCACCUGUCAUAAGUACUUCUGGUAGUCCAGAUAAUCCAAUUUACAAAACAGGUCCAUACACUCUUGCUUGGAAACGACAUAUGCCUCCAGAUGAUUGUGAAAAAUAUUAUUCAUUUACUGAGUUAGCCUGUCAAUUAAAUGAACCUGAAGACGGUGUAGCACCAACAGAUUCGCGGAUCAGACCUGAUCAAAGGUUAAUGGAAAAUGGGCACUGGGAUGAAGCCAAUAAAGAAAAAUUACGCCUCGAAGAGAAACAAAGAGCAGUACGACGAGCACGUGAAAGUGAAGCUGAAAAAGCAGCUGCUGAAGGAUUGCCAUAUACUGCUUAUGAACCAGUAUGGUUUUCAAAACAGGAAGACAAGAUUACGGGUAGCUUAUGUCAUACUUACAACCAUGAAUAUUGGGAAUGUAAAAAUAAAGGAGACUGGUCACGAUGUCCAAAUAUAUUUUAACAUAAUUAUAAUUAUUAUGAAUUAUUUAUGGUUAUGUACUUGCGAUUAAACUUCCAAGAACUAUGAUAAAUACAAUUUAUUUUAGAGAUGAAAAUACAUUUGGCAAGUAUUUAUAAAAAUAGUAAUAAGCUUAUUUUAUUAAUCAAAUUUUAUUCAAUCAUUGACAAUUAUUAAUAUUUGAUUUAUCAUAUAUCAAAGAGCUUGAUUUUCUCUUUAAAAUUUUACAAAAAAAUUUUUUUAUUAUCAAAAAGCUUUUAAUCUUUUUUCUUGUUUAUAAAAAUUUAUGUAUAAUAAUUGAAACAAUUGCCAUUAAUCGAAGUCGUUGAUGAUUAAUAAUAAAUUACUAUUUGAGUAAAUGAUUGAAUGAGUAAGUUAGUAUAAAAAAUAACUGUAUGUGUGAGUGCGAUAAAUGGGUGAAGAAAAACGAAUUAAUUAAAUAAAAUACACUAUACGAACUUCCAAGAUAUUCAUUUAAUAAAACUUUCAAAGUUCUGUACACGACAUAAUGUAGAAAUUUAUAAUAUAUAUUUGCCUAUUAAUAUUUAUAUAUCAUUGAUUGAUAUAGAUAUAUAUACAUAUGCACGACAUACGUAAGACCUAAUCACUAAUCAGUGUAUGUGCAUAUCAAUUAAUAUAUAAAUUGAAAAAAAAAAAUUGUAUAUUCUCACAGUUGAUAGGCUGCGUUCGAUUUAUUCACUUUGUUUAUUCAGUUAAUAAUAAUAUGUUUAUAUUAAAUACUCGCUUAUUCUUAUGAAAAAAAGAAAAAAUAAACAAAAGAUCAGAGUUUCAGAAAAUUAAGUGAAAACAGUGGUCUAUGAUUUAUUAUUUACAAUCGUCAUAACUAAUGAACUGUAUCAUAAUUUUAAUAAUUCAUUACCGAUAACAAAGAUACAUUUUAUGUACACAAUAUAAAUAAAUGAAUAAAGUAAAUUGAAAAAAUAAAAGAAAAUUAAUAAAAUGAUGUAGAAAACUAUCGUCUAUAUAAGAGAUAAUUAUCCAACGCAAUUUAAAUGUUAAUGCUUUUGUAGAAUAUUUAAUUGAUGCAAAUUUAUUAAUUUUAUUGUAAAUUGUUAUUUAAACUAUUCAGCUAAAUUUGAAAAGAAAAACCAAGACAAUGCAGUGUAAUUGUAAGUGUCAUUUUAUGUUAUUAAACUGUUAUUGUAAAAUUAUGACUAAAGCACAAGUAUAAAAUCAGUAUUUGAGUUAAAAGAAAAAAAUUACAACCUGAAAAUGUAAAGUAGAAAAAAAGUAAAUAUUCAGCGAUAUCUUUUACAGUCUAAAUUUAUUAGUUCAUCAUAAGUGCCUACGGUUUUCAGUUGAAUAAAUAUUUAAAUAAAUAAGGAAAGGUAAUCAAUAAUAAUAUAUCAAUUUCUCAAAUUACUCUGAAUGCCAACUGGUUAAAGAAAAAAAAUAUUUAGAUAGAUUAUAAAUCGAAUAGUUUUUUUUUUGUUACAAAAGAUUUUUUGUUUUUUCUAUAAUUAUUUAUUUUUAAAAGUAUGAAAUAAACGACUGGGACAAUGUACAAUGUUUAACAAAUACAUCAGAUAAUUGUUAUGAUUUUUUAUAUAGAAUGACAUUAACUUGAAGAAAAAAUUUAUAUGUAUAAAAAUCAAAAUUAAAAAAGGUUUUUGUUACAAUAAUUCUGCAGCUAUCUGUCCAACGAAAUCAAUCACAAAAAAUAGUUGACAAUAUGCUUUGCCAAUAUGAAUAACAAUACGAUCAAUAACUUGCUACUACAAAAUUAAUACAACCUACAUAUGUACAGUGAUUACAAGUAAAAACAAUUGCGUGAUAAGUAAUAUUUUAAAUCUAUUCAGCAGAGAAUUCAGUUGCCUAAAAUUUUAUUGCUUUCUGUAUCAGUCAUUUACAAUAUUUUUACAAAUAAUACAGUUGCAUAUUACACAAUUA